AUAAAAACGUAAACAUAGCUAGAGUUGAACAAUAUAACAAAAUAAAGAUAAUGUUUGAGUGGUGAUAACGACGAUGAUAACAUUUUUAACGUAUUAUAUUACUUCAGUCUUUGCAUCUUUCACCUAACUAAUAGUUCGACAAGAUAUGGCAUCGUCUGAUUUUUGUUUAGUUAAUAUUGAAAAUGGGCCGGUUAGAGGCCUCAAAACAAAGAACCUGUUCGCAUCGGAGUACUAUAGUUUUCGUGGUAUGCCCUAUAUGAAAGCUCCACUCGGAAAACUUCGAUUUAGGGAAGCGGAAAGUCCUGAAAAUUGGACUGAUGCAUUCGAUGCAACACAAGAAGGUCCUAGCUAUUGCAUGACUGACUUUAUGACAGGGUUGCAAGACGGACAAGAGAAUAGUGGAACGAUUAACAUUUACACCAGAAAUAUGCAGCCGAAGGAACUACAUCCGGUUAUGAUUUGGAUCCACGGGGGUGGUUACUGCCGAGGCUCAAGCCGAACGGAUUUGUAUGGACCAGAUUACAUAAUAGAAAAGAAUGUUGUGUUGGUAUCCUUUAAUUAUCGUCUUGGAGCUAUAGGGUUUUUAAGUCUAGAUGACGAGAGUCUGAAAGUUCCUGGAAAUGUGGGUCUUAAGGAUCAAAUUUUCGCUCUAAAAUGGAUCCAAAGAAAUAUACAUAACUUUGGAGGUGAUAAGAAACGGUGCACGAUAUUUGGCGAAUCCGCUGGAGGAGCAUCUGUUAACUUUUUAACGAUAACGCCACAAUCGGAAGGACUAUUUCAACGGGCUAUAAUUAUGUCGGGAUCAGUAUUUAACCGAACUUGGUCAUUGGCAAGACGAAAUAAACAAGCACAACGAUUGGCUGAAAUUCUUGGGUGGAAAGGGGACCCACAAAAUGAAAAGGAAAUUUUAGAGUUUCUCGAAACCAUUCCAGCUUUCGAACUGGACAAUGCUUCCAGGACUUUGAUGAGUUUUGAAGAGCAGUACGGUUUCGGAAUAAUGGUUCCAUUCGCACCGGUUGUUGAACCAUAUGAGACGACAAACUGUUUUAUUUCCAAGGAACCGAUUGAAAUGGCCCGUGAAGCUUGGUCAAAUUCAAUAGAUAUAAUCGUAAUGGGUACAUCCUUUGAAGGGCUGCUGAGGGCUUUCAUCGAAGAAGAAAAAGCUUACGAAUUACUGCAGACGCCAGGCUAUUUCGCACCUCUAAAUGAUUUGAAUUUAAAGUCUGAUGACGAAGAAGCUUCUAAAUUUGGAACAAGAAUCAGGGAUCUGUACUACGGUAGCGCAUUACCUUCGAUUGAGAAUCAAGAACAAUAUUUGAGGUUCAGUUCGGAUUUUCAUUUUUGGCACGGUCUGCAUCGUUUGCUGCAGUCACGUUCGAAGUAUUCUUCAGCUAGCACAUACUUGCUGCGAUUUGAUGUUGACGCUGAAUUGAACAUGUUCAAGGCCUUAAAGAAAACUCAACACUACCGAGGAGCAUGUCACGCUGAUGACAUAUUUUAUUUGUUUACAACGAACUACCACACUCCUCCAUCGUUUGAUUCGAGGGAAUUUAAGACUAUUCAGAGAAUGGUUGGAAUUUUCACUGGUUUCGCAAUCAGCGGCAAUCCAAACUGCGAGGAAGUAUCGAAUUUGAAGAUAAAGCCGUACGGUGAAACUAAUUCUUUCAAAUGUAUUAACAUUACCGAGAACAAUGUAACUGAAAUCGAACUUCCCGAAAUCAAUAGGAUGAAGGUCUGGGACUCCGUUUAUGAAGAACUUCAAGUUCCAAUGUAUUGAAAAAUAAAUAACGAAGGGGUCUUUUCUGA